CUGAAAGUUAAUUUGAUUGAACAUUUUUCAUUCUAAUUGUGAUUUAGAUUUUGUUAAAUUGUUCUUUUCUCUUUUUUUCUAAUUGUUCGUUAUUAACUUUUCUUUUCUCAAAGGUUGACCAGUAAUUGUUUCCAAUAAGUUUCUUUGUUGUUUCGAAAGACAAAAUGUCCAAUGAUCUCAAAAUGUUAUUCGCUGGAUUAGAAGGAGGAUCUUCUAAUUCGAACUGUGUUCUAAUUCGUGGUGAUGGUGAAAUUCUUGCUACUAUCGGAGGUGGAACAUCAACAAAUCACUUGUUGAUCGGUGAAGAGGAAUGUCAACGGCGAAUAGUUGAUCUUCUAGAUGAGGCCAAAAAAGCCGCUGGACUUUCGGAUGAGGUCAAACUGGACGGUUUAGGCCUUUGUAUGAGCGGUUGUGAGGAUAAUGAGGCUAACCUUAAAUUUGCCGAAUCAAUGAUGAACCGUUAUCCUAAAUUGUCUAAAUCAAUUAUCGUUAAAAGUGAUACAAUUGGAUCGAUUAUGACAGUUUGUCCAACAGGUGGAAUUGUUGUAAUUGCUGGAACUGGAUCAAACAGUUUACUUCUAAAUCCGGAUGGAUCAACAUUCAAUUGCGGAGGUUGGGGCCAUUUACUUGGCGAUGAAGGCUCAGGUUGUUGGAUUGGAAUCCAAGCAAUUAAAACAAUUGUCGCCCAUGAAACCAAUUUAAUCCAUAGUCCAUUCCCUAUUGAUGUGGUUCGUCAAACGGUUUUCGACUAUUUUAAUAUUAAAAGUCCAGAGGAAAUAUUCAAACCCGCUUACGCUGAAUUUGUCAAGUCUCAUUUUGCUGGAGUUUGUACAAACAUUGCAAAAGUUGCCAUGGAAGGAGAUAAACUUGCUCAAAAGCUUUUUUAUGAUGCUGGUGGUAUGUUAGCUCGUCAUAUUGUUGCUCUAGUGCCUAAAAUUGAUCCGAUUUUGAUGAGAGAUGGUAAACCAAUUACUGUUGCUUGUGUGGGCUCAUUAUUCAAAAGUUGGCCUUUACUUCAAAAAGGUUUCCUUGAGAUCGCCCAAACCGCUGGUGUUACAUUUAAUUUGGUACAAUUAACUCGACCCUCAUCAUUGGGAGCUGCUUAUUUAUCCGCUUGCAAUACAGAUUUCAAAUUACCGAUAGAUUUUGCUACCAACGCGGAGUUAAUUGAACAGGUCAAACCAAUCGAGAUGGUCAAAAGUACAAACCCCGUCUCAAGUUGUAUCAUGAUGUGAAUUGUCAACCAAAUCGACCAUUGGCCAUCAUUUCCAUUAUAUUUACCCAAAUCUCCUACAAAUUGUAAACUUAUAUUUUGACUUUACCAACAAAUCAGCUAACAAUUAUUAAUAUUUUAAGUGAACUUUACAUAAAUUUAUUAUUAU